AUGGAGGCAGUGAGGAGUUGGAGGACAGACUGGAGGUAUCCCACUACUCUGCUGUGCAUUUACGGAUUCUUCAGCACAGUUAAACCCAUGGAGCCUUUCCUUAUCCUGUAUUUGACAGGGCCAGACAAGAAUCUGACUACAGAACAGGUAAACAAUCAAAUUUUCCCAGUGUGGACGUACUCUUACCUAUCUGUGCUGGUGCCGGUGUUCCUGCUGACUGACUGGCUGCGUUACAAGCCUGUGGUGGUGUUCCAGUGCGUCACCCUCUUCAUCACCACAGCGUUGUUACUCUGGCUGAAAAGCGUACCAGCCAUGCAGGCCAUGCAGUUCUUCUACGGGGUGGUGACAGCCAGCGAGGUGGCCUACUUCUCCUACAUCUACAGUGUUGUGGAUCUGAAGAGGUACCGGAAGGCCACCUCUUACUGCCGAAGUGUCCAGCUCCUGGGGUACACAGUGGGCUCUGUGCUGGGCCAGCUGAUCAUAAGCUUGGACCUCAUGUCAUAUGACAACAUCAUGGUACUUACUCUAGUUCUCACUGCCAUCGCUCUUCUAGUGUCCUUCCUCCUGCCAAUGCCACAGCGGAGUAUGUUCUUCCACCGAGGACGUACUGGACAGAAAAUAGCAACAGAGAGAGCAAAGAGGCACGUGGAUGGGACAGAGGAUGCAACAGAGGACACAAGCAGAACAAAGGUAUCGCUGGAAAAAAUUAGAGAUGAGAAGGUGGAGAAAGGGGAAACAGAGGAUGAGGCAAGACCAGGACCGGAUGAAAAAGGGCCCAAAGCUGAGAACCUCGAGGAGUCGGUUGGCGCAGAGAGCUGCAGCCAAGUCCUCCUCCAGCUGUGGAGGGACUUCCGCCGGUGCUAUUCCUCCAGACAGCUGCUAUACUGGUCAGUGUGGUGGGCGAUGGCCACCUGCGGCUAUAACCAGACCGCCAACUACGUGCAGGUGCUUUGGGAGCAUGUGCAGCCCUCUCAGAACUUCAGCGUCUACAAUGGAGGCGUGGAGGCAGUGUCCAGCCUGUUAAGUGCAGCAACAGCUUACGGUAUAGGCUUCACUGAGGUGAGAUGGGAACAGUGGGGCGAGCUGGCCCUGGGUGGUUUCUCUGGACUUGGGGCAGCAGCACUCUUCCUCAUGACCUUCGUCGGCAACAUCUGGGUCUGCUACACUGGAUAUGUCAUUUUCAAGUGCCUGUACAUGAUGCUGAUAACAAUAGCCAUGUACCAGAUUGCAGCUGACCUGUCUAUGGAGAGAUAUGCCCUGGUCUUUGGCGCAAACAACUUUGGAGCCUUGGCUCUACAGACGAUCAUCACUUCUGUUGUGGUCGACAGAGGAGGACUGGGCCUAAGCAUCAUUCCUCAGUUCACCAUAUACGCCUGCUACUUCUCACUCAUAGCUGUUGUUUAUUCACUUCGGGGACUGUUUACCAUUUGGAGAACGCAGAGAAGCAACAAGUCCAACAAGUCCUCCCCUCCAGUCCAAAAAGAACCUCCAGAUUCUGUCGAACACAAAUUCUAA